CNGGGUGCAGACUCAAAGUCAGAAGCCAGUGGCAUGAAGGGAUGAAGGUGAAUAAGAGUGCAGAGAGGGAUACCCACCAUGGAGACAGGGGUCCUUUCCCGGCACAGCAGGGACUGGAGGCUUCUUUGAGAGGCCGCAGACUGGGGUCAUGGAGGCUGGGCAGAGCUCAGUGACCAGCUGGAUACCAAACAGGAAGAUGCUGGCCUCGUGGCAGUCCUUUGAGAACACCCAUCAGACACAUCUGAGGCAGUGGACAGGAGGAGCGCUCGUGGAAGCCAAGCGACCCCAGUUGAAGGCCUGGCAGCUGGGCCCCUGCCCCAUCUCCUGGCUAUGAAACCUGUCAAGUGGCAGGCCUGAACUCACAGUUUUCUGCCAGCUGCUUAAGCACAAGUAGACCACAAAACAGCCCCGACCUUGGGAAGACCCCAGUGGGGGAGACCAAGGGAAACACGAGGAGCUGGGGGAGCAGAGACAGAGCAGCCCCAGGGGCUCAGCAGCAGCAGGGCAAGAGCGCGGGCCAGGGCAGAGCUGGAGGCCGCAGCGACACUCUGAGCCGGCCUCAGAGAAAAUUUCAAAGACCAGAAGAUAGAAUCGAGAGAUUCCUCCCAAAAAGUGUAACAAAACAUGAGACAGGAAACAGAGACCAGAAUUCUAAGAGCAUUCCAGUAGCCUCAGAAAGAGGGCAAAAAAAAAAAAACAAAACAGGUGGGAGGAAAUUAACAAAAUGUCUCACAACCGAAGGAGAGGUCCUCAGCCUGAGGUCCUCGGCCUGAGCGUCCACUGUGUAUCCGGGAAGGGCCUGCUGUGAAUGAAGAGGCUCCGUGGAGGCACGUCCUGUGCUUCAGCUGUUGAGAAGAGCGUGCCCAGGUGGCUGGUAAGGUCCAGAGCGAGGUUAGAGGGACACCAGGCCCCGCUUUGAGCAGUCUCGGGUCCUUAGGGAAGAUUUCGGUGUGCCUGCCACUCUGACAAUGCGAGAGCGAUAUCAGGGCAUUCGAAGAUGAAGCCAUGAGAACGGGGUCAUCACCGAGCCUUUCCCAGGAAACGACCUGGAGAAAUUUCUCUACGGGCUUCAGGAAACAAGUCUUUAAGCACAGGUGUGCAGGGGAGGUCUCAGGGCGGAACGGGUGUGGUCCCCAGCAGUGGCCGGUGCAGCCGAGUCCUUGAGAAGGCCAGGGGUAGUCCAGGGCCAGUGGGAAAAGCUGGCCAGGGCCCUGGAGGUAUGAGUCAGAAGGGAGGUGGGGGCACCAGGAGAAGCCACGUAAGCCUGGAAGGGCAUGUAAUGGGCCAGUGGGUGGCCAGUGACUUGGAGGUGAGGGGGCUGAGGUGUCAGUCCUUAGCCCCCACACAGGGUCAGGCAGAAGCCGUGGAGCUGGGGAGCAGGUGCAACUCAGGGCCCAGGGUAGGAGAGAAUUCCGCUGGUGGGGUGAAACUAGGGCCACAGAGGGGCCAGGCCUGACCACUCAGCCCAGAGGCUCAAGCCCAUGGCACAGGACUAUGAACUGAGGGGCCUUCAGGACAUGGUAUUUGGUAUGAUGCAGGAGAAGCCAUCCCCAGAGACAUCCAAGUAGGAGCAGGCACUGCCUCCAGAGCUGGGGGGUGGGCCAGCAGUGGCCACCUCCUGUGAGGGUCUUCCCCCCACUGUGAGGAGCCAUAGAGCCCUCUGCCCAGGGAAGGGGUGGUGCCUGACAUAGUGGUGGCUCUGGGGAUACUUUCUUGGAUGAUUUUCUGCCUAUUCCAUAAUUCAUGCCAUGGUGAUAGAGGAAAAAGUCUUGUCGUUUUCAUAACAAAGCUCUUAAGGAGAAGGAGAGUGAGGCCCUGGGAAGGUCCGGGACACAGGCCCCCUCCCAACCCCACUCUGGGGCCCUGGGGGGGCCUCCAUCUUGGUUUAUUCUGGUCGCAGGAUUUCUGGAGGUUCAUAUUCCGGAAGCACCUGCCUUCAGCCUCCCUCUGUCAGGUGGACUUCGCUGUCCUGGGCCUCGGGGACUCCUCUUAUGUCAAGUUCAAUUUCGUGGCCAAGAAGCUACACCGACGGCUGCUGCAGCUUGGGGGCAGCGCCCUCCUGCCUGUGUGCCUCGGUGAUGACCAGCAUGAGCUAGGGCCGGAUGCCGCCAUUGACCCCUGGCUGCGUGACCUGUGGGAGAAGGUGCUGGGGCUGUACCCUGUGCCCCUCGACCUUGGCACAAUUCCCCCCGGAGUCCCUUUGCCCUCCAGGUUUGCCCUGCAGUUCCUUCCAGAGGCCCCCAGGAAGUGCCCUGAGGAGCAGCAAUCAGCUGGGACAGACCCUCAGGGCCCCCCUUCAGAACUGCUGCCCUUCUUGGCACCCAUGGUGACCAACCAGAGGAUCACUGGCCCCUCUCACUUUCAGGAUGUUCGACUCAUCGAGUUUGACAUCACAGGCUCUGGGAUGAGCUUUGUAGCUGGUGACGUGGUGCUGAUCCAGCCCGAGAACUCGGCCGGCCACGUCCAGCAGUUCUGCCAGGCACUGGGCCUGGACCCAGAUCAGUGCUUCACACUGCUGCCGCAGGAGCUAGGUGUGACCUGCCCUGAGCGGCUGCCCCAGCCCUGCUCUGUGCAGCACCUCGUGUCCAGGUAUUUGGACAUCGCCAGGGUGCCCCGCCGCUCCUUCUUUGAGCUCCUGGCCUGUCUCUCCCCCCACGAGCUGGAGCGGGAGAAGCUGCUGGAAUUCAGUUCUGCCGAAGGCCAGGAGGCACUGCAUGACUACUGCAACCGGCCCCGCAGGACGGUCCUGGAGGUGCUGUGCGACUUCCCACACACAGCUAGAGCCAUCCCUGCAGACUACCUGUUGGACCUCAUCCCCCCGAUCCGGCCACGGGCCUUCUCCAUCGCAUCCUCUCUGCUGGCUCAUCCCUCGAGACUGCAGAUCCUCGUGGCUGUGGUACAGUACCAGACACGCCUCAAGGAGCCACGCAGGGGCCUCUGCUCCUCCUGGCUGGCAUCUCUGGACCCUGGGCAAGGACCUGUCCGGGUGCCCCUGUGGGUACGGCCUGGGGGCCUGACCUUCCCAGAGACACAGGACACACCCGUGAUCAUGGUGGGACCUGGCACUGGCGUGGCCCCCUUCAGAGCUGCUGUCCAGGAGCGAGUGGCCCAGGGUCAGACCAGGAAUGUUCUGUUCUUCGGCUGCCGCCAACGGGACCAGGACUUCUACUGGGAGGCUGAGUGGAAGGAGCUGGAGGAGAGGGGCUGCCUGACUCUCCUCACGGCCUUCUCCCGGGAGCAGGAGCAGAAGGUGUAUGUGCAGCACCGGCUCCAGGAGCUUGGGCCACUGGUGUGGGAGCUGCUGGACCGCCAGGGUGCCCACUUCUACCUGGCAGGCAAUGCCCAGCGCAUGCCAGCAGAUGUGUCAGACGCUCUGGUGUCCAUCUUCCAGGAGGAGGGUGGGCUUUCCAGCUCUGAUGCAGCCGCCCUCCUUGCCCGGCUCCAGCAGGCUCUGCGUUUCCAGACUGAGACGUGGGCCUGAGGACCCGUCCUGCCAGCCGGUCACUCUGACCACUGCCCUCCAAGGGGCCGAUGCCCCUUCCUCCCCUCCCUGUCUCACCCCAGGCAGGAGGAUGGCCAGCUGCCCUGCAGAGCUGCAUUCCAGUUGCAGCAGCCCACGCUCAGUGCUGACGAUGCCCAUCCACCACCCCACCCCACCCACAACCAGGCUUCCGCUUCUGCUGGCCUUUCCCUGCUGGCCCUGACUUGGGUCUUAGUCAGGGUGGUGACCUGGGCUGCCCCACCCUGUGCAGGCACGGUGACCCAGGAAGGCACUGGCAGCCUGAUGGGAUUCAGCGGCCCUCAGCGGCCCCUAGAGUUUCCAAACAGUUUAAACACUUGGGUAGACGGGGCCUGGUAGCUCUUCAAGGUGGUGCAGAGCCCCUGGGAGGGCCAAAUGCCUGUUUCUCUGCCCUGGGGGAUGUCAGGUGCACAGUCACCCUCUGCCACAUCUCUGUGCCAUGCUUCUAGUGCCCGCUGGCAUCUUAGGGCACCACCGGGCCCAGGCCAGGGCUAAAAUGCAGCGAGGACCCUGCAGAGCAGGAGACCCAGCCUCACACACCUUUCUCACAUGUGUCCAGGAAGCCUUAGCAAUAAAUUACGGGGCCUAGGUGGCUGCUUUGCCUGCU